AUGUAUAUUGACAGUCUCUUUCCUCUCUUUUUACUUCUGCCCCUUGCAAAAGAAAGAUUAGCAAUGAGAGAAGAACUGCCAUCGCAAACAUAUCUAAGAAUCUUGAGGGAAAUAGCUACGAAUUUAACGUUCAAAAAAAAUGACAUAUUGAGAAUGGUUCCCAAAGUGUGGUGUAUGGGAAAGGAAUACGACUGUUUUUCCCUGGAGGACUUGGCUUCUAUUUAUAAGAGAUUGUUUAGUAAGAAACUUAGCAUGCCUUUCUUCAUUAGCCAUUUUGAAGAAAUCUCCAUACUUCUUCCUUUUUCCAUGAUUCCAUGUAAGAACAUGGGGACAAACAAUCCAAAGUACACUUUAAUGUAUGACACGCAGUCGAUGAGGAUGUCUGAAGAUUUAGCAUUGAAAAUACAAGAUCAAUUAAUAAAGAACAAUGCUAAUGAUCAAGCCACCUUUAAUCACAGUACUCCACAAAGAUAUUAUAAUGCUACUACUGACAGUAAUAAAGAGAGUAAUAAUAAGGAUAGAAGCAGUGCCAGAUACACAGUCGUAGAUGAUAAUUCAAGUAGUGAAGAGUCUGAUGUGAUACAAGCUAAGAUGUGUGGAACACUUUUUAAGAGUCGUUUUGUUACAGAAAAGGAUGAUAGUAAAAGCAAAAAAAGGAUUAGAAUUGGAGAUUCUCCAAGUAACUCUGGCAAUCCUGCAAUUCCUGAUGAGCACAUCAGGAAUUCUGAAGCUAAGAAAAGUGUAAAUAGCAUUAAGAAAGAUGAUGAAAACAGUCACGUUGAUCAAUGUAAUAGUAAAAGAAGAGGUUUUUAUGAAGAAGUCUCUUCGGAAAGUGUUGAAUUAGUAAGUAAAUUUAACAGCCCCUUUGAAGUGAAAAAGAAGGUUGGGGGUUUCACAUCCUCAGACGUUAGAAACAGAAUAAAUGAAGCCUAUUCCAAAAGACCCAUCAUUCCCAUUGAUUCUUUCCAUACUGCUUUUUGUGAGGUACACGGUAAGGCAAUUAACAUUGAUACUGCACCUUGUCCAAUACCCAAGCAUCGCCAUCCUACCCUUUCGAAAUAUCUACGGUGCUAUGAAGACGUAGUUGAACUAAAACUAAUAAACAAAAUGUAUGCUAUUAACAAGACAGAAGAAGUGAAGAGCAUUUGCCAAAGACGCUUCUCCUCCUACUUUUUAAAGUUUGAUGACCCUCUCUUCAAGGUAAGUCUUGAGGCCCUUUGUGUCAACAUGUUCUCAACUAAGGUUACUCUUUCCUUCGGUGAUUUCAUUGAAUUAUUCAAAACAGUCUAUUCGAACUCCUUCCAGCAUGUAUUUAAGAGUGACUCGCCCCAGGAGUAUUUAUGCAAUCUUAAAAGUCCAAAUAUCAUUUUGGUAAAAAAGAAUGAUUUAUGCACAAUAACGCUUUGUCCUACCCAUCAUUCUUCAUUUGUAGAAUGGGAAAGCCCUGCCUUUCAUAGAAGGAUUGAAGAGAUUGAAAGUAGCAUUGCUGGGUGUAGAAAGACUGAGAAAGUGUCUCGAUUGUGUGCUGUGUCUAGUUUUGACUUCUUUAAAAAUCAUGGAUUUUCAAAAGAAUGCAUGCAUAAAGUCUUAGAUAUACUGUCAAUAGCAGAUUUAAACAUUCCUAGGAAGGUGCAAAAAAGAUCUACUUUUAGUGCUUUGGAAAUUGAAUUUAAUGAUUUGUGGCGAUUCGUACAAGAAAAUAUUAACUUUGAUGAUAAAAGGACUUACUUUGCAUAA